GUAAAAUGCGGCGAGACGGUUCCCACCCCGAAGUGGGAUUCCGAACGAGAUGCGUGGCAGAACGCUACGUGGACCUUCUCUGGACGGAUCAGCGAUGACAGACCAAAGGGCGGCAAAGUUUCUCCAUUGCAUGACAGCGACAGUGAGAACAACAGUGAACCAUCGUGGUGGAUCCCAUCAGAUGAAGAAGAUGAUCAGGGAGAAGACAAUCCAGAGGAGCCACCUAGUGUGAUGGCAGCCUUUGAUUCUCUACCGCCAGUUCCCGCCGCUCCAGAAUCCCAUGGCACCACGCAGCCGGCGAAGAAAACGCCAAAGCAGAGGAGGGAGGUGGAUCGGCCGUAUCAUCAGUUCACGGUGGGCAGCCGUGCCGCCAAGAGACGCGCCAGUGCUCACAAGGGUCGAAUAAAGAUUGUUGAGUGCCAUUGUUUGCUGGUGCCUGCUGCCCAUCUCAGGUCUGACGAGUGCGUCUAUGGCUGCAAUGUCAAAUUGUCUGAGGACUCAAUGAGCAUGAUCCAGGCAGCACAAGAUGCCACAGUGCUGUGGCCAAGCGUGAGGUACAGCAAGUACACUUCGCCAUCUGUCUGGGGCCUCGCAGUCCACAGGCGUUUUGACGUUGUGAUGAAAGCACUGAAAGCUGGCGAACGAAAGCCUUUUUUGGAAAACUGUUUGAAGCUUCUCGUGCAGCUUCCCGAUGUCACAGAGUCUGUGCCGAGCCGGCGUGGAGGAA